AUGGUGAACCUGGUGGAGGCACAGAAGCCGCUGCUGCACUUCCUGAUCAGGCUGGCCGGGCUCCGGCAGCACACGGUCGACGUCGACGGCGCCGGGACGGAGCUCACCUUCUGGGUUCCCAAGGACAAGGUCCCCAAGGACAAGUCCACUGUGCGCGAAAUCACGCCCGAAGCUGCCGACGGGAAGACCGGCAAGGCACCGGCGGCAGAGAGGCCGGCCGUCGUCCUCGUGCACGGCUUCGCCGCCGAAGGCAUUGUCACCUGGCAGUUCCAGGCCGGCGUGCUGGCGAAGCACUACGACGUGUACAUCCCGGACCUGCUGUACUUCGGCGGCUCCACGUCGCCCUCGUCGGACAGGUCCCCGGGGUUCCAGGCGGAAUGCCUGGCGGCGGCGCUGGGGAAGCUGGGCGUGGAGCGGUGCACGGUGGUGGGGUUCAGCUACGGCGGGAUGGUGGCGUUCAAGAUGGCCGAGGCGCGCCCGGACCUCGUCCGCUCGCUCGUCGUGUCGGGCUCCGUCGUCGCCAUGACCGAUUCCAUCAGCGAGACCACCCUCGAGAGGAUCGGCGUCAAGUCGUCGGCCGAGCUGCUGCUGCCCGACUCCGUCAAGGGGCUCAAGGCGCUGCUCUCCAUCGCCACGCACAGGAACCUCUGGUUCCCGGAGCGCCUUCACAGGGACUACCUCCAGGUGAUGUUUACCAACCGCAAGGAAAGAGCAGAGCUGCUCGAAGGUUUGGUGGUCAGCAACAAAGACGCCACCGUGCCCGUCUUGCCACAGAAAAUACUUCUGCUCUGGGGAGAGAACGACAACAUCUUCAACAUAGAGCUCGCCAAGACAAUGAAAGAGCAGCUCGGCGAGAAGACGAUGCUGCAGAGCAUAGACAAGGCCGGGCAUCUCGUGCACCUCGAGAGGCCCUGUGUCUACAACCGCCUCCUCAAGGAGUUCUUGGCGCACGUCAAUGCUGAAGCUCCCAAUAAGGAGUGACCAGUUAGAAGAUCGACCGAUGAUCUGAUCCGGAGAGUGGUUACAUUUGUUCAGAAAGAAUUGGAGUCCCAUUUGUUGCAGUUUGAUUGUUUGGCCGUGUACAAGAUAGAUAUGUGAGUGUGAUGUAAUACCAUCGAGUCACCACCGCCGAUUUUUUAUUUUGAGUCACAAGAUUUAUGUACACCAACUUGAAAUGCUUCUAGAUAUAUAACGGGAUUGAGAUUAUGUGUA